AUAGGAGGCAUUUCUGAUGAGUGACUGGAGAGGCUCACCUGCGGCAGCAGUCCGUCCGCCCUGACGGCUUUUCACACGCUCGAGGAGCCGAGUCCUGCUGCCCGCUGACGGACUGACCGUCAGAACCAGUAGAGCCAGGAGAACCGAGAGAACCUCUCUGAGAUGGAGUGGCGCGAGCAGUCCGCGGUCAGCUGCGAUCAAGCCUACUUGGAGGCGCAGAGGUGGAUCGAGGCAGUAACCAAGAAAAAAUUUGGGAGCAGCGACUUCCGAUCCGAGCUGGAGAACGGCGUUCAGCUGUGUGAUCUGAUCAACCAGAUCAAGCCCGGGAUCAUCAAGAGGGUGAACCGGCUGCCCACGCCGAUCGCUGGACUGGACAACCUCAACGUCUUCCUCAAGGCCUGCGGGAAGCUCGGACUAAAGGAGGCGCAGCUCUUUGACCCCGGAGAUCUCCAGGACUUGUCUUCAAGAGUUACAGUCAAGGACGAAGAGACCAGCAGGAGGCUGAAAAAUGUGUUGAUCACCGUUUACUGGCUGGGUAGAAGAGCUCAGAGCGAACCUUCCUACGAUGGACCUUACCUGAACCUCAAGGCUUUUGAGGGACUGUUGGGCACAGCGCUCUACAAGGCUCUGCAGGACUCAUCCGCUCAGAAAGGCAGCAGCGUCAGAGACAGCGGCUUCAGCGACGCUUGGUACUCGGAGCGAGAGGAGCUCAGCCAUCUGAGAGGAGGAGGAGGAGGAGGAGGAGGAGGAGGAGGACACAGGAGAGACAACUCCCUGGACAGCUUGGACUCUUUAGGCUCUCGACCCCACAGCAUCUCCUCUGAGACCACUCUGAAAGGCAGCAGCGAGGGUUGUGGCAGUGACACCGAGGCAGACUCCGUCUACAAGAUGGCCGACAAGGACUCUGGCGGCUACCGCCGCUCUUUAAACAUCACGCCGAAACCCACGGCUCCGUUCAACCAGUUCCUGCCCUCUAAAGACAAAGCCACGGGCUACGUCCCGGCUCCGCUGAGGAAGAAACGGGCGGAGCGCAACGAGGACGUCCGGCGCAGCUGGAGCAGCUCCACCUACGCGGAGGAUGAAGGCAACUUCACCAGACAGGAACCCACGCAGGAGGAUGACGACGGGAGUAAAUCAGCCAGUGAUAUCCUGGCCGAGCAGACAAUCACCCGGCAGCAGCGCUACGAGGAGCUGCAGAGGUUCCGUGAGCAGAUUAAGGAGAGCGACGAUAAGUGGCAGGAUGACCUGAGCAAAUGGAAAAACCGGCGCCGCAGUGUCAACUCUGACAUCGUGAAGAAGAAAGAGGAGCGAGAGAGGAUAGAGCAGAUCACAUCCGGCAGCAGCAGAAGGUCCAAGACCUUCAAGGAGAUGCAAGAGGAGAGGGAAGAGAAAGGAGGUCGUCUCAGCUCGCUGUCUUACCUAAACGACGACGGGGACGUGUUUGACCAGCCAGUCAUUUCUCCCCGAUCCCGAACCCUUCCUGCCCGAAGCUACACUAUUGACACUCCCUACUACUCUUCAGAGACCUCCGUGACCUCUCGGAAAGAGGUCGAGCCCCGCGCUGCCUCCUCAUCCUCCAGCAGUGACGGCUCUCCUCCCUCCACACGGAGAGCUGACCAGGUGGACAGCAGCUUGAGAAGAACCGCCUCCCCCACCCCCGCCGUCGCUCCCUACAGCCACAGCUCCCUCAGCCUCCCCAGGUCUCCGGCCGCAGAGCCCCCACAGAGGAGCCCGCUCCUGCGGCGCGCCGCCGCUGCCGCCACCGAGCCCGCCGAGCCCUCCAGGAUCAUCUCUUCUUUUGUGUCUCGACAACAAGCGGCGGAGCCCAGGCGGCCUUUGUUGGACACGCAGACCCGGGUCGAGCCCCCCUCCUCUGGCUCUCUGUACAAACAACAGCCCAGCUCCAUGGAACCCAACCCUCCCGGGGUGUCUCGGGUUUCCGCCUCGCUCCCUAGAAGCUACCAGAGAUCGAAUAGCGCCCGCCUGACCUCGGUCGUCACGCCAAGGCCCUUCGGGUCUCAGGCUUCCCGCAUCGCCUCUCUUCCCCGACCACAAACAAUGGACGACUCACAAAAACGCAUCAAUGGCGACGCCGACGUUUCCAAGAGGUCGUCAGUGCCAAACCGGUUUCACCAGUUCAUGACGCCGGAGGACGACGCUGAAUCCAGCUCAUCCCAGAGCAGUGAGGAAGAGGAGGAGGAGGAGGAGAAGGUCACCACCACAAAGAGCAUCACCUCCACUCAGACGGUCACCUCGAAUCGCGGCCUGUCUUCCAUCUCGUCUCAGAUCAAGAGCGAAUCCCUCGUCAGUCCUGCCAAAGAAACCAGCCAGGAGAACUGCUGCGAGAUGCGGAUCAGCCUCAACCAGAAGCCCGGCAGCGGCAGGGACUUUGGCUUCCAGGCGUCCUGGGACUCGACGGGAGCUCGAGUCAAAUUAAUCCAGCCAGGAAGCCCAGCCCAGAUGUGCCAGCUGCAGCUCGGGGACGAGGUGCUCACGGUGAACGGGCACAAGGUGGCAGACAUGAGCUACAUGGGGUGGAAGUCUCACAUGGAGGAGGCUCUGCAGGAGGGCAGUCUGGUCAUGGACAUACGCCGCCAUGGUCAAAUCAACUGGGACAGAGACGAACCUUCCCUGCCAUUUAAAAGCCAUAAGAUCAUCAAUCUGACCAGUAUGGAUCAUCCGACAAUUCUAGGUUCCCCCGAGUCGAGCGUGGUGAGCCCCAGCCUGGACCUCACCACUCGCAUACCGCCGGACACGGUGCUCUCCAAAGAGUUUUCCAGUCGUCCGGUUCUCGACGUGGCUUCAAACGGCGUUAAUGGAGGGUUCCGAGAGGAGUCUGUGACCAUGAGGAACAAAGAGACAGAACCCAUAUCUUUGAAAAACUUAAAACGGCGGUCAGAGUUUUUUGAAACAGGAGGAUCUGAUUCUGCAGUGCCAGAUAUCCAUGUUCCCUCCAUCACGCCGUCGUCCAGCCGCUGGUCCUGGGACCCAGAAGAGGAACGUAAACGACAGGAGAAAUGGCAGAAGGAGCAGGAGCGUCUCCUGCAGGAGAAAUACAAACGCGAUCAGGAGAAACUGCAGGAGGAAUGGCUGAAGGCUCAGCAGGAGAUCACCACAAAUGACAACCCACAGGAGCUGAGGAGCCUGGAGGUGAACAGCUACUCCUUCAGCCCCCGCUCGCCCCUGGCCUCCCUCAAACAGCCCACAUCUUUUCCCUGGGAAGAGGAGGAGAGGAAGAGGAAGGAGGAGCAGGAGCGCCAGAGGCAGGCGGAGGAGAGGAGGAAGAGGGAGGAGGAGGAGCGCGAGCUGCAGCGCCUGCAGGAGGAGAGGAAGAGACGAGAGAGGGAGGAGGAGGAGGAGAAGAGGAGAAGGGAGGAGGAACACCUGAGAUGGCAGAAGAGGAAGGAGGAGGAGCAGCAGGAGAGGAGGCGGCGGGAGUACGCGGAGCAGCAGCGGCGGGAGAGCGAGCGGCUCCUGGAACAGCGGCAGCGGCAGCAGCAGUGGGCCGCUGGCUCCCGUGACUUUACCAGUCUCCAGCCAUCACUGUCCUUUGCUGACAGGACAAAAUCCCAGUCGUCUCCCCAGCUCGACGAAGUGGAAAAACCUCAGGCCAAAGGAGCCCCCGGGCAGCGUGGGGGUCUGGCUCACUGGCUGCUGGAGGAGCAGACCAGGAUCGUCCAGGACCCGCGGUCUCGCAGUGAGCAGGCGGCGUCGGAGCUGGAGCUGGAGCGCAGGCACAUCCUCAACGCCAUGAAAUACAGGGAGCCCGAGAGAGUGGCAGGAAGUGGAUUCGCCGACAGGAAGAGUCUUCAGCCCUCGUCGCAGGCCGAGCUGGAGCGCCAGCAGAUCCUCAACGAGAUGAAGAAGAAGACGUCUCUUCUGGGGGACAACAGCUGGAUCCGCCAGCGCUCCUCCAGCUCCGCCGCCCGGCCGGAGGCGGGCAUCCCGCCCAUGCGCAGAGGCGAGUCUCUGGACCAUUUGGAAAAAUCAUCAUGGCGCUCGUCAUGGACGCCCCGGAGCAGCUCGUACGCCCAGAGCCAGCCUCGGCCUCACUCUGCGCUUUCCGGCAGCACUUCCUCUUACAGCGGCCUGACGGGGCUCCAGCGGCCCGCGUCCGCCGCACUGCAUUCCUCCUAUUCGCUGGGCUCCCUGCGAAGUGGGGCGGGAACCCCCUCGUCUCUGUGGUCCCAGCAGUCGCUUUCCCCCUCGUCCUCCUCCACGUCGCCCGCCACCUCCCCUGAGCCCUCCUACGAGGCGGGCGCCCCGCCGCUGCGGAGCAGGUCAGUCAGUGGCAAGAAAAUCUGUACGUUGUGUGAGAACCCGCUGGGAAAGGGAGCGGCCAUGAUCAUCGAGUCCCUCGGGCUCUGUUAUCAUUUGAGCUGUUUUAAGUGUUUCGACUGCAAGUCUGACCUCGGAGGGUCGGAAGCCGGCGCCGAAGUCAGAAUACGAAGCAAACAGCUUUACUGCAACAACUGCUACAUGCGAUUCAAAACUGGCCAGCCAACAGCCAUGUGACGUGACUGUGCUGCAGCAGAUUGAUGAAGAGACUACUUGUGACAACAACCCAUGAACUUUAAAGUUGAGACCAUAGCGAGGAACAGGGACGCUUGGUUUGGACGUUCUGGCUCCAGAGGAUCUCCAGGUGACCCCCUGCUGAGAACCAGUCUUGUUUUUACAGUGUGUGAUGGAGGGAGCAAGCUUUGCAAAGAAGUCUUUUACUUUUUCGUCUAUAUCGUGUUGAGUAUUACAGCUGUACAGUGUAAGGGUUCUGCAUGCACCACAGUUUUCAAAACAUUUUAGCCAUGAAAUUAGUCGAGCAAAAUUUACAAUUAUCCAGAGGAAAAUCAUUCCUCUGAUCUUUAGAUUUCUUAGAUAUCAAGAGAGAGCCCUGCUGGAUCAUCACCUCUUUCUAUUCAUGCUUCUGUUUUCACCCAGUCCAGUGGUAUUCACCUGUCUGUCGGCAGAGGUGUUCUGAUCGUGUCUUUGUGCCUUUUCGUUCAAAACAGGGAGGAGAAAUUAAGAUUAUUAGAAUCGUCUUAUUGCGUAUUUAAAAGCAUCUGCUUGGAAUAGCACUUAACUGGAGUUUUUAAUGAUGGACGACUGUACACAAGAAGCAGAUUUCUGUUUGAAGACUACACAUCAUAAGGAAUGGCAUUGAUGCAAACAUAACAAUGUAAAUAAAUUGACGAAA